UCGUUACCUGAAGCAGCACCUUCUUGCAUCCUGGAGGAGAAAAUGAAUUUCACAAAUUGCACCACUGAAGCCAGUGUGGCUGCAAAGCCAAAAACAGUAACUGAAAAGAUGCUUGUUACCCUGACCUUGGCCACAAUCACAACCUUGACUAUGCUGCUGAAUUCUGCUGUAAUUGCAGCAAUCUCCACAACUAAGAAGCUCCACCAGCCAGCAAAUUAUCUCAUAUGUUCACUAGCUGUGACAGAUCUCCUUGUUGCUGUUCUCGUCAUGCCCUUGAGCAUCACUUACAUAAUGAUAGAUAAAUGGACUUUGGGAUACUUCAUCUGUGAGAUCUGGCUUAGCGUCGACAUGACCUGUUGCACGUGUUCAAUCCUUCAUCUGUGUGUCAUCGCCCUGGACAGGUACUGGGCAAUCACAGACGCUAUCGAAUACGCCAGGAAAAGAACGGCAAAGAGGGCUGGGCUGAUGAUAGUCACCGUGUGGACUAUCUCCAUUUUCAUAUCAAUGCCCCCUUUGUUCUGGAGAAAUCACCACAGCAUCAGUAUUCCCAGCGAGUGUCGCAUUCAGCACGAUCACGUAAUCUACACUAUUUAUUCCACGUUUGGGGCGUUUUACAUUCCCUUGACUUUGAUCCUGAUCCUGUACUACAGAAUUUACCACGCUGCAAAGAGCCUUUACCAAAAGCGGGGUUCAAGCCGCCACCUCAGCAACAGGAGCACAGACAGCCAAAACUCUUUUGCCAGCUGCAAGCUCACGCAGACAUUCUGCGUCUCGGACUUCUCCACGUCUGACCCGACCACAGAGUUUGACAAAAUCAAUGCGUCCGUGAGGAUCCCGCCUUUCGAGAAUGACUUGGACCUGGCUGGCGACCGGCAGCAGAUCUCCACGACGAGGGAACGAAAGGCUGCUCGCAUUUUGGGGCUGAUUUUAGGUGCUUUCAUUUUGUCCUGGUUGCCCUUUUUCAUCAAGGAACUUCUUGUGGGCCUCCACAUUUGCACUGUCUCUCCAGAAGUAGCGGACUUCUUGACCUGGCUUGGAUAUGUUAACUCCCUCAUCAACCCUUUGCUGUACACGAGCUUUAACGAGGAUUUCAAGCUGGCCUUUAGAAAGCUUAUCAGGUGUCGGGAACAUACAUAAAAAUACUGGGAGAUGAUGAUGCUGACGUGACUCCUAGCCUUAAAAUUGAGCAAAAUAAUUUGACUUUGUCACCAUUUCCCUUGAUAAAGGGGAUUUUUGUGUUUGCCUAUUUGCUUGACUUAUCUUCAGCCUGUAAUUCAUUAUGCUGGUUUUUUUAAUCUCUAGUGUUACUCAUGGUAAAGGGUUUGAAAUAAAAUUAUUCUACAAAGGAAAAGAUUUUUUAGAAAUGAA